AUAACGCACCUGUCGGACCAGCAGUAUCGCGAACCAGCGGACUUAUACUUCGAGGCUGUAGUGGAGUAUUCUGAGGAUGCGCGGAAAGAAGGUCGAUAUAUCGAAGUUGAAUAUUCUGGCCAUGUCAUAUCGAUUAUCGCUCCAGGCAUCGGCUCAUUCGUAUUAACGAGCGAUCUUCAUAGCAGGCAGAUCUUGUUCAACUCACCAAUCUCUGGGUCAAAAGCCUUCGACUGGGUCGCUCAAGGCGAG